AUAGCAUGAAUUUACGAUUUCAAAGUGCUGGUGUUAUGAAGUAGCAUGCUUUCUUUAAUUUAAUUUGUUGUAUUUUUACGCCACUUUUUGACAUUUUACGACAUACGCCUCGGUUCUUUUUAUUAUUUUCAGUGCUUAAAAAGACACGAUUUUUAUAAAAAAUAGAUUGCAUGAAUAAGAAGGAACAAAUAGGUUUAUUUUAUUAUUAUUUUGCAUGACCGCCUGCAAGAGUUUUAUUAUUAUUUUUUAAAUUUUUAAUUACAAAAGAAGGUAUUCAGGUGAACAGAGCAACAAGUCAGGGGAUUUCUGACGUUUUGAUAGUUGAAACACCAGACGAAAAUUAAUAGACACAUAUCAGUGCGUGUGACUUCUUAAAAAUACAAUUAUUAUAAUAAAAUGAGUGGGAAAAUGUGGACAUUAUUUCUAGGCACCGUUUUUCUAGCGUGUUUAAACAGUGUUUCCGGUAAUGGUCGACUUCUAGUUCCACCGCAAAGGUCCAGUCUUUGGAGGGAUCCAUUAUUCUACAGAAACCGUUACGUCGUCAAAAAUUAUGACGAUCAUACUCUUGACUGUGGUGGAUUCUGGAAAAUGCACGAGAACGAUGGAAGAUGCGGCGUGUGUGGUGAUGCGUGGGACGACGAACAGCCACGCCCAAAUGAGGCAGGUGGAAUGUACGCUCGUGGUAUUAUCGGCCGCACGUAUUCCACCGAUAAGCGAUUCAUUGAUACCAUCGUUCAAGUGACUUCAUCGAUGUCUGGGUAUUUCGAGUUUAACAUUUGCCCCAACGAUGACGUCAAACAAACAGUAAAGGCAGAAUGUCUGGAUCAGUUUCCAUUACGCAUCUUGAGCAAGGAUCGAUCCACGUCGUAUGGUAGACGAUACUCGCCGGACAUUAAGGCGGGGCAAGCUGGGAUCGUUGAACUAUCUUUAGAAAUACCAGAGGGACUUGAAUGCAAACAAUGUGUUCUACGAUGGAGAUGGCAUGGAGCAAACAAUUACGGUAUCUGCAGGAAUGGGCAAUGGGGAAAAGGAUGUGGAGAACAGCCCGAGAUCUAUAACUGUGCUGACAUUGCUAUUCUACCUGAACACGUGAUCAACGGCGGCAAAACUAUUGAUAAUAGACCAGUGAGGCCAAAGUCUACAACUUCAACAACAACACAAAAGACUACGACAACAAAAGCUGCAACAACAACUACUACACCAGCAGUCACUACAACAACCGAAGAACCACUCGCAGUAAUGACAACAACAACAACACAUAUUCAAACAACAACAACGCCGGUAGUCACAACAACAACUCAAGAACCAACAACAGAGCAACAAAAGACAACAACAACAGAAUCAGUCAUGACUACUUCUCAAGAACCAGUCGAAUCAACAACUCAUAAAGUAAUGACAACAACAACAACAGAAGCUGAAACAUCAACUAAAGAACAAAGAACAACAUCACUACCAGAACAAACAACAGCAGCACUUGAUCAAACACCAACUACGCCAAUACAAGAACAGACAACAGCAUCACAAGAACAAACAACAACACCACCAAUGCAAGAACAGACAACAGCAUCACAAGAACAAACAACAACAACACCUCUAAUACAAGAACAGACAACAUCAACACAAGAACAAACAACAGUAACAACAAAUGAAACAUCAACAUCAAAUAUGCCUGACAUCACAUCUACUGCGUCAUUAGCCAUGAAUUCUACACUGACGAUAAAAAGUACAACGUCGCAAUCUGUUAUACCUGAAUCAACAACUGAAAUACCGACUGUUCAACCCGAACCAGAAGAUUCUGUAAUCACGGAAUCAACACCACAGCCAGAACCAGAGCAGAGACAAUCUACAGAACAUAUCAAACAAUCUACUUCAGGUGUUGUCGAUCAAACAACCACUAUGGCUUCCUCUGAUAAGGCAGUAACAGAGACUUCGACAAAUUUGCCUUUAGUACAAACCGACGCAGCGAAAACAGAUCAAACAGCAUCCAGUUCCACACCAGCAAAUACAGUUCAGCAGCAAACUACAGAACGCAUUGAUACAAUGACGACUACAAUUUCUCCCGUUAAUCAAGCUGAAACACAAACUGCAGAAGCACAAACUAAUGCGGUAAAAUUUCAAAAUGAUACAACGACUUCAUCUAGUGUGAUUGUGACGGUCGAUAGCGCAUCUAAUGUUCCAGUAGCAGAAACAACAGUACAAAUAACUGAAAACCUAAACACAACAUCAAGCAUAAAGGAAAAUGCCGCAACAAACUCACCGGUAGAGCAGGAUACGGCAAGCAGUAUUAUAUCGGAUAUGACUAAUUCAGGAAGAAGCACUUCCAUCAGAAGUUCGAUUGAUUGGCAAACAACACAAUCUAUUAGAAUCGACGAUAAAGCAACUUCGCAGCUUGACAUCAAGAAAGGUCAGCGACAACAACUCAAACCAUUGUCCCCAAAGAUACAUCAGAUAGACAGCACGAUUCAUCGUCGACGCAUGUACCCAUAGACUUCACAACUGCUGCCAAUGGAGCAGUAAAAAAUGAGAUGAUGACUGUGGUUAAAUCCGAUGCAACUAUCACACCAAUAGAAAUAACAAUGAGACCUUUGAUAGAGAAUACAACGAGAACACAAAUAACUGUUGAUACAACAAACGCAGUUAGCAUUGAAGGACAAACCGAUUCUAGUUCUAACGAACAAACAGUUAAGCCUUUAGUACGGUCAACAGAACUUCUACCAAAAUUGCAAGAUACAAAAAAUAAUAUAAACAGUGAGGUAACAGCAAGUAACCAAUUAACAGAAUCAUCGUCCACUGUACCAUCAGUUACCGUUGACACAUCUUCAACCACGCUGUCUGAUCAAUCACGACAACCGUUUGUAACCGGAAACAUAGUCACAAGUACUAGCACACCAAAAAGCUCCACAAGUAGUUUAUCACUUGUAGAUUUACUAAAUGCUAUUUCUAAACUAGAAAACAUUACUUCAGAUGAGUUAAUUGAUGCAAUAUCACCCGCCUCUAACUCCAACAAUUCGAACAUUUUUGACAGCAGUGCAAAUGCGUCAGCAACUGUUCAUGAAGAUAAGACAAAAAAUACAACACCGUCGCAAAAAAUUAAUAACAACUCUGAAUCAACAGGAACCACUGAAUCAUUGCAAAGUAGUAAACAGCAAACAACAGAAGCAAACAUGAUGACGGACUCUACAACUGAUUUAAUUGUAAAUCCGGAUAUGUUAUUUAAUAUUGUAACAUCUAGAACGACCCGUAUUUCGCAACCACAAGGAGGUCGCUUCGGGGGAGGGAUGAGCAUUGCUAAAAUAACCCCUGUUGACAAUAUUGUAAAUAUUGAUUUAAAUAUCCCCGGUGGUGAAGCUAACGUUGAAAAGGAGAGAAAUAAAAUUGACGGGGGAUCAUAACAUUAUGUUACAUUAUAGCAACUAAAGAAACUUUUAUAAUUGCUCACAUGAAAAUGCUAUUUUAGCUAGUCUUCUAUUCCGUUUUCUUUCUUCAGAUGUACAUACUCCAUUAAUAUUUUAUUCUAUUUAUGGCCGCUAAUAUGUGUGCGAUGUCUUGUGACGAUUUGUCUUGUUUGUCUUAUUUCGUAAGAUUUUUUAAAUUAAACUGUCAUGUAUGUA